AGACACAUGAGAGGGGGUUUGAUGUCAAUAAAUUCAUAAAUGAGUAAGCUAUUGAAAAUGCAAACCUUGAAAUUUGCAUAUUAAAGCAAAAAUGCUCACUGAUGUGGAUGCUUAGGGAUUUGCUAAGGGCUUUUUCACAAACCAACAGUUGUGGAAGUUGUGACAGGAUGUCCCAGACACAUGGGAGAUGGUUUGAUGUCAUUAAAUUCGUAAAUGAUUGAGCUAUUGAAAAUGCAAACCCUCAAAACUCAUAUUAAACCAAAAAUGCUUACUGAUAAGGAUGCUAAGGGAUUUGUUAAGGCCUUUUUCCACAAACUAGCAGCUGUGAAAGUUGUGAGAGGAUGUCCCAGACACAUGAGAGGUGAUUUGAUUUCAAAAUAUGAAUUAAUGAGUGCGCUAAUGAGAAAGAAAAACCUUUCAUUUUUAAAUUUUAUUUAAAUUUUUUUUUACUCUCAGGUGUGAUAUACUAAAUGGCAGUCAGGAAGUGGUUUGACAUUUUAAUGUCGUCAAACGUUAUUGAAAAUCUACAAUGCCUAUAAUGACAUGCGCACUGGGCAGACAUUCAUAUAUAUAUACAGUAUAUAUAUAGUAUAUAUUUAUAUACAUAUAUAUGAAGAAAAUCUUCAUGUUCAGCCCAUUUACUUGUGUACAAUUAAAGUCCUAAGCUUGAUCAGUGUCUGAGGAAACAUCUGUCUCUCUCACGCAGGGCAAAAUAUGACAAUAUCCCUCCGCUUCCUUCCUGUGUUUAUGUCACGGGCUUACUGACAGUGAUCUACAGUAAAUCCCACGGCAGGAGGAGGAUGUCCUUCUCUCUCUGCCUCUGAUAGCCCCCUCGAUUCUGUUCUAUCUGGUCUUACUGGUGACAAUAUACUGAAACACAGAGAUCACAGCCUCCCCAGCCACUAUACUACAAACUCAGAGUCACCCGGUCAGUGCUGUUUAUAAUCCACGUGGAAUGUCAGCUGAGAGAGGGCGACUGUGGAGGAAAAGCAUUACUCUGUAGCACAUGCUACAUACAUACAUAUUGUGUAUAUUAUAUAAAUGCCUCUGUAUUUUUAAUCUUUACUAUUUUUUACUUUAUUUGUUUUAUUUGACUCCAUUGAGUGCCCAUUCUUUUGUCUGCCUACCUUUGACAUUUGUUGCUAAAGAUGAUCUCAUCUUAUCUCGCAGCUCCUCAUAAGUGCUGGCGACUCUUGUCGAUCAAACCAUCAGUUGGCUGACAUUAACAUCAACUGCGAACAAUUGUAAUAGUCUGUGAUUGAAAUGAAAAAAUGUAUCGACAGAAUACAGUGGCCAAAUAAAUAAUCAUUGGUUGCAGAGAAAUGGAAACCAAACAGCCGUCUAAUGAUAAGUUCCAUAAACAGGACAUUCCUGUAGUGUGCAAGAAUGUAAAAGUUCAAACAGUGGUCCAAAAAAACCCCAACAACUAUGUUCACCUCUGAGGUUAACAAUUGCAGGUGAAUGAUGGCGGACAUGAGCAGCAACCGAUCGCUCACAACUGCAGCCUGUGCGUUGGGUUCAACACCAUGAGAAAUCCUCGGUCAGGCUUUUGCAGAGCUUGUGCCACUAGAUUCGUCUCAACCCGACCACCUCUGAGGAAACAUCAUCACAGACGAAGGAAGGAAGGAAGGGAGGAAGGGGGUGUUGACAAUGACAGAGGGGGGUUUCUCCGCUGUGCCGCGGCAGCUUUUUUCUUGCUUCCUCCAGACGCAGAUGCCGGAGCGCACGGACCCGAGCGACCAGCCCCGCGGGGCGCAGCGUUGUUCUUGAAAGGGACUGCGCGGAAUGCACACGUUGGAGAAGUGUUGCCCAGGACACCCCCUUGCCAUGGAGCCCUGGAGGCAGUGCGCCCUGUGGCUGAUCGGCUGCGGAGUGCUGCCCGUGAACCACCGGGUGACCGCGCCCGCGGCGCAGGUGUCCGACCUGGCCCAGACGCUGCGCGACGGGGUGCUGCUGUGCCAGCUGCUGAACAACCUGAGGGCGCGCACCAUCGACCUGAAGCAGAUCAACCUCAGGCCCCAGAUGUCGCAGUUCCUGUGCUUGAAGAACAUCCGCACGUUUCUGACGUCGUGCUGUGAAGCGUUUGGGAUGAAGAAAUGUGACUUAUUUGAAGCCUUCGAUCUCUUUGACGUUCGAGACUUCGGAAAGGUGAUGGACACGCUAUCCAAGCUCUCGUACACAACGAUUGCACAGCAAGCAGGAUUCAAGCCAUUCCCGACAGAAGAGAUCCUCAAAGACGAGGACAUUUACAACAACCUGGAGGACUUGAUGGAUGAGAAUGUCCUUGAGGACGAGGACGACUUGUACGCCGCGGUCUACGGGCUGGAGGAAGACUACGCAGGUGGAGAGAUCUAUGAAGAUCUCAUGAGAACUGAGGAGCAUCCCCCACUGAAGCAGGCUGAGGUGGAUGUGCGGAGCUGCUGCCUCUCCGAGAUCAAACAGACGGAGGAGAAAUACACAGAGACGCUGGAGUCCAUCGAGAAGUAUUUCUUGAAUCCCCUGAGGAUGCUCUUCUCUGCGGCUGAAAUCGACAAAGUUUUCCUCAACAUUACAGACCUGGUCAAAGUUCACAAGAGUCUGAUGGUUGAUGUGCAGGACUCCAUCUUGAACAAAAACGCCUUAAAUCUCUACCACAUUUUCAUCAGCUACAAAGAGAGACUGCUCAUUUACGGGAUCUACUGCAGUCGGGUGGAGAUCGCCAUCGCUGUUUUAGACAUAAUUUGCAAAGAGAAAGAAGACGUUCGCCUGAAGCUGGAGGAGUGCUCCAAAAGGGCCAACAAUGGGAAGUUUACUCUGAGGGACCUGCUGGUCGUCCCGAUGCAGAGAGUCCUCAAGUACCAUCUGCUUCUUCAGGAACUAGUCAAACACACCCACGAUUCUGCCGACAAGAGCAACUUGAAGAUCGCUCUCGAUGCCAUGAAAGACCUGGCCCAGUAUGUCAACGAGGUGAAGAGAGAUAACGAGACUCUCAGGGAGAUCGACCAGUACCAGAGGUCCAUCGAAAACUUGAAUCAGCCACUAGUCACCUUUGGUCGGCCGAAAGGAGACGGCGAGGUGCGCAUGAUCUCCAGUGUUGACAAGAGGAGACAAGACAGACACAUCUUUUUAUUUGAUGUGGCUGUCAUCGUGUGCAAGAGACGAGGAGACAACUACGAGAUGAAGGACAUACUCGACCUCAACUACUUCAAAAUCACGGACAACCCCACCUCCGACAGAGAGGGCAAAAAGUGGUGCUAUGGGUUCUACGUGACUCACCAGCAGGGGUACACAGGCUUUGAGCUCUUUUUUAAGACCCGAGAGCUGAAGAAGAAGUGGCUGGAUCAGUUCGAAAUGGCCGUAUCAAAUAUCCGACCAGAAAAAGCCAACCACAACUCCCACCAGUUCAAGAUGCACACGUUCGAAAGGAUCACUUCCUGUUGCUUCUGUCACCUCCUGCUCAGGGGCAUCUUUAACCAGGGCUAUCUCUGUAUGAAAUGUGGUCUGGGGGCUCAUAAGGAGUGUUUGGGUCGACUGGGAGUGUGUGGCAGAACAGAAUUGGCCAAGCCGAAACCCAAGGAAAAUACAGCACCGUCAGGCCCAGGUUUACCCAGGAUGGUUGUGAUCAGAGACUACAGUGGCAUCCCCUAUCCCCAGCACGGGCCCCCACUAAGCAUUCAUGCGGGGGAUGUCAUUGAAGUGAUGUUUGCAGACCUGCACAGCUCCUGGUGGCAGGGCAGAAUUCUGGCGACAAGCAAGAUGGGCUUCUUUCCAAGUGACGCUGUGAGGCCUUGCCCGUGUGUUCCAAAACCUGUCGAUUACUCCGCCCAGCUCUGGUUUGCAGGGCCCAUGGAGAGGUACCAGGCUGAGGUGGAGCUCCUGGACCGGGGAAACGGCACCUACCUGCUUCGACACCGGAGUAAAGAAGGCACUGAGUACGCCAUCAGCAUAAAGUUCAACGAUAAAAUCAAGCACAUUAAGAUUCUGACCAAGGAUGGCUGCUUUUACAUCGCCGAGAGCCGGCUGUUCAAGACUGUGCUGGACUUGGUGGAGUACUACAAGCAGCACUCUCUGAAGGAGGGUUUCAGCAGCCUUGACACCACUCUACAGGUCCCUUAUCGGGAACUGACCAAUGGAACCAUGUCCAUGGCUGUUACCAGAGCUGGCAGUGUUUCUCCUGGCAGCUGCAGCUUUGUUCCUCCCUCCUCCUCGCCUUUCUGGUCAGUGUUUUCCCCCAGGGUGGUGGGCAUUGCGGUGGCGCGCUACGACUUCUUCUCCAGAGACACGCGGGAGCUCUCGCUGCUGCAGGGAGACAUUAUCAAGAUCUACACCAAGAUGUCCAGUGGCUGGUGGAAGGGAGAGGUCGACGGCAGGGUGGGCUGGUUUCCCUCUACCUAUGUGGAGGAAGAGGACUGACUUCUGCUGGCUGAAUGACGUCCUUUCAGUGUCCAUUCGAAGCUGACCGCCGCCGUCGAGCGCCACGCGGCUCAUCCUCUCUUCGUGCCCUGCAAGUCCCAUCUCUUUGAUUAAAAACCCAGAGACGCGGACUUAAGAGAAAGCAGCGGUGCCCUCGGAAGCCUCCUCCUGCCCUCUGACAGACUCUCACACAGAGCAGAUGUCAAAUCACAGAUUCCAGGAGCGUCACUGCGUACCUCGCCUUUCUGUGGUGCUGUCUGCCCCCGUGGUCCACUGGGAAGUGCAUGUGCUGUACACAGAUAACCCUCCCCCCUCUCGCUAUCCAUUCACCUUGUCUUGUUAUUGAUGACUCCAUUGGCUGGCGUGAGACCUGCCUUCACUGUCAUCAUGUUUCGAUACCAGAAAGGCUCAGUCGCCCAACUGGAACACGGAUCCUGCUGACAGCCCACUGCCCAGGUACUCCACCGAAAUUGAAAUGCAGGAGCUGAGGAGCUUUGAUCGUUGUUGGAACACUGUAGCCCUCUUGACUUUUCAGACGUUUGUGUUCAACCUUUCAGUCAAAGACUCAUUUUAAUCUUAACAUCUGUAAUCGCCGGGCCGAUUUCAACUUUGUGAUAUUUUAAAUGGAUCCGCUGGAAUCUGAAUUAAAAGCUCCACAGCGUGAAGGAUUGAUAUGUCAUUCAAAUGCGAUGUGUUUGGACUCUUAAUGACUACAGGUCUUGUGGAGUUAGAAGUGAUUCCAUUGUAUCAUGACAAGAAAUCUUGUCUGGAGAUAAAUGUGGAAGCUUUUGUUCCUAUUCUAUUAUAAUUUAUUUUUAAUCACAGUGUUUAUUCAAAUCUCCACCUACAUCUUCUAGUUCUGCCUUCCUGAGGCUUGAACUUGGUGUAAAAAAAUCAAACAUCUUUACCCUUGAAAUGUCCCCACCUUGAUUUAAAGGAGACAGAUUAUGCUCAUAUUCAAGUUCACUAUUUUUAAUUUGGGUUAUUGCUUGAAAAGGUUUACAUGCUGUAAUGUUCAGUAAACACAUCAGUUUUCUUCAGACUGUCCAUUCCUGCAGCUCCUCUUUUCA